UUCCGGUCACGUUGCACCGUGUUUACGGCGGUGGAUCAGCUGUUCGGGCGCUCUGUCCUUCACACUCCCCAACGUGGAAUCGCGCAGUUCGGCCGGGAGUAUUUCCUUGUCUCUGCCCGCUCCCGCUCAGCCCCGGGUCGGCGAAGCUGGGGAUGGGCGCUGCGCCGUCAACACAUUAUUGUGUGUCUUUGUUCUGACCGGGAUCUCUCUCUGUCUCUCUCUCUCUCUCUCGCUCGCGGAUUGUCACCUCGGUGACCAUGGAGACCUCGUCUUUGGAGCGCCAGCUUCAGAGUGUCCAGCGGAACAUCGCCUUCCUGAAGGGAGAGCACAUGGACCUGCUGCACGGCCUGCACAUGGAGAUUCUGCAUCUGCAGAAGCGCUGCAGCGAGCUGACGUAUGAACUGACAUCAAAGUCAUCAAAAAAGGGCCCGUCAGACGAGUGUGAGCCACGGCUGGACUGUGCGCCCAUCGAGGCCCAGCUCAGGGAGAAGGAGCUGCAGAACGCGGUGCUGAGGAGGGAGCUCCGCCGCAAGGAGGCCCUCAUCUCGGCGCUGGAGGAGAGCAUGCGGAGGAGGGAGAGGCUCUUCCUGGAGGAGCUCAAGAGGCGGAGCCACAGGAUGGCCGUGCUGAACCUGGAGCUGCAGAAGCAGUCGGAGGCGGCGGCGCAGCUCUCCCUCCAGCUGCAAAGCGUCAGGCAGCGGCUGAGCAGCUCCAGGCCAACGGAGCGACCUUCGGGCAGGCCGCCCGACGAGGCGAUCCCCGCCUCUCCGGUUUACACCUCGGUCGCCUUGAGGAGGAGCCACAGACCCCCGUGCAGAGCCACCGGCAUCAGCCGCAGAGACUCCGCCCAGCCGAGGACCCUUCCCAGAUGGGAUCCCAUGCCCGACCCUGCUCUCUUCCUCCAGGCCAAGCGGCAGCACGCCCAGCGACAGGGGCAGCCGGCCGCAGCCAGCCAGCCCUGCAGGCAUGCCGGUGGCGGCGGACCCGGGACAGCGCAGCAUUCCCUCGCCAGAACUGUGACCCCGGCUGGCUCGACGUGCUCCGACCUCCUGGGGCCACCGGCUGAGACAGAGAUCCCGCUCACCGACGAGGAAAGCAAUGGCGAAGACGUGCAGAAGUGACGGGACAGCGGGUGCCCACCCUCUGCAAAAGGGGGUGAGAGAGUGGGGGUCUCCCCCCACUCCCAGGUCGACGGCAUUGACACGGCGCCUCGUUUCAGAGACGCCCGCAGCCCAUUUGGGUGAAGUUUCAGGAACCCUCACACCUUCGGCCGACAGCGGUGGAGCGAAUGAGCAGCCGUUCGUCACCCUCGCAGUCUGGUUUUUGUUUUAUAUAAAACACUCUAUUAAUCUCAGACCUAGCUAUCUUGGGUCAAACAACAGGAGGGAACAGCAGCCUCUUUCAAACAGAAACCUGAUAAGUGCUCCUGUCAAAAGACAGGAAGCGGAAUCACCAUGAUUUAUUAAACCAAAUCAGCGGGUGACUCUUUGUAAUAAAUAUUUGAAAUAUCAAAUUAUCAAAAAGUUGAUUUAAAAUCAAAUCUGCGUUACAAAAAAAAAGCUCCAGAUACGCACACUCCUCGACGUUGUGCUGCAGAUAGAAUUCUGAUGGAAAUCGCGGACACACUUGAAAAACUGCAAAUCAGUAAAAAAUACAAUUAUGUGGAGCUUACAGAGACGAGCGACAGAACGCACCGAAUGCACAGUCUCUCCACUGUCGAACUGAGCGGCAGCAGGACUCACCUGGUGUUUUAGUUAACACCAGCUAGGCUUUAAAAAAGCCUUAAAAGGGAACAACAUGAACAGCUCUGCGGAAGAACGACGUUGGCAUCCUUCCAAAUUCGUGCAACUGAUUUCCCACAAGUAGGGGUGUAGGAGAUCCUUUAGUUAGAUAACUUUGCGUCUGUUCUCUGCAAUUAUCUAUGUCUGAGGUCAGACCUCAGAUAUUACAGAUAGCUUCGCGCAAGACAAUCAUUAACAUACAUCCCUCUCUGUUUCUGAUCUUGGCCCUGCAAAUAUUUUCCAGUCAUGAACAGAUUAUAAUCCACUCCCUGAUCCGUAAAUGUUAUGACCUUAAAAAGGCGCAGGUUAAUUCCCAGUGCACUUUACCAACCUGUCCUCACACAUAGGCAUCUUACUGCCUCACAAGAUCCACUAUACAAUAUAAUGGGUUAAUCGUUCCUCAAAAUCAAACUUUACUACUGGAAAGCUAAUAAAAUUUAAACCAAUCAGAAACUACUUUGCUGAUAACCCUUCAUCCUAAUUGGCUUAUUUUUCAGCAGCUGAACCCCAUUAUCAGCAUCAGUACCACUCACAAACUUUAGAAUGUCUUCUAGCUCCAUAAGGCUAGCAAUGAAGAUGGCAGGGAAUCCAUCUAUUGUUUUUUAUAUGUUUGUUACUGAACAGAUUCACUGAGAGCCCAGUAAAUGUUCUGAUCGCUGUUUUAAUGUCUAACCCUGAAAACCUGAUGUUAACUUACUGCCCAUUUACGCCGCUGGUGUUUUGGGCAAUAAUGAAGGUCCUCUAUCUCUGUCCCUCCAUAUUUGCAUACAGAUAUUGCAGGAUUCUUCAUUGCUGUUUCCGUAACAGUUGUUUUUUGACGAGUUAGGGUGGUUAGCUUCAAGCUGAAUCCUUGAACCUGUGGACCACUCUUGGUCUGGCCUCUACCUUUUGAUCUGUUUGGCAUGGGUGACCCUCCCAAGAACUAAAGCACAAGGCCCUGACUCCAGCCAGCAUAGCAAUCUGGGUCAUUGAAGCAUGCAAGCCUCCAAACACUAUGACAAGUUUAGGGGGGUAUAUUAAUGAUCUGACUUCACCAGAAAUACCCAUAAUCUUAAAACAAAGGGUUGGAGAAGAAAUCUCAGUUCAGCAAAGGGUUAACACAUCUAAUAAGUCAUCUGCCCACUGGUCUUCGCUGGAAUGGGCCAGUGUCCUUCAUAUCAAUUAUGAAUAAAGGCGCAAUGAUAAGCUCUUUCAGCAUUAACAAGGUAUAUAUCUAGAAGUUUUUGCCCAUAGUUUUAUUGACUGUGGUACCAAAAUUUGUAAAUGCUGGCUUUGAUACUGUAGUUACUGCACUGUAAUUGAAUUUCUACACUUUCUUCAUAUGAAAACAUCUAUUGCAGCUAUAUUUAGCAAUUUUAUCUCUACAGAAAGAUUAAAAAGAAUAAAGCAAUGUACCACCUUCAAAAGGUGUGUUCCAAUAGGAGCAUAUGCUCCGAGUCAGAUGCCCAAAAAUCUUUCAUGUGGUCUUAUUGGUCAUUUUAUUCCCCCUGUUGGGUAGUGAGGUGGAGAUACGUCUCUAUAGAAGGAGGUGUAAAGUCUGCAGGUCAUCCUUGGGCAAGGUGUGGCACCUGCUUCAUCCCCGAUCAGGGUCACGCGAAGCCAUAGCAGCAGGUGGUGGGGGUUGUAUCAGCAGCUGGUGCUUAUCUCAAGUCCUGGUUAUGUGACCAGUGAAGCCAGGCAGACUAUCUCUGAGGAGUAUUGAUAAUGGCUGGGAUCACCUGUCAUGUGAAGACACUGCCCAGAAGAAGGUAAUGGCAAGCCACUUGUGUAGAGAAAAUUGCCAAGAACAAUCAUGGCAGUGGACAACACAUAAAGAGGACGACUGCCAAGUUGUAGGGGUAUUUGCAGGACAAAUAGAACAAAAGGAAUAUGCAUUAAUUCAAAAGGAAAAUGUGUUAAUUAACAGAUUCUACAGAUGCUGGAAAUCUUGAGCAACACCCACAAAACGCUGGAGGAACCCAGCAAG